AAAAAUUAAAAAAAAUUAAAAAAUAAAUUGAAAUGUUUAAAUUAUUAAAUAUAAAAAAAUAUAAACAAAUAUUUGCAAUUAGUUAAGAUUUUAGUGAAAAUAAAAUAUAGUUAUAAUUAAGUUGUAAAAAAAAUAUAAUUAAGUUUUUUCUUUUCUGCAUUUUCAUUUCCCUAUCUUACCAUAAAAAUCUUAUCUUAUACAAAGGGAAUUAACAAAAAAAAGUAUGAUGAAAAAAUGAAAAAUUUAAUGUAGAUACCCUCUUAAUAAAAUAUUUUACAGUGACAAAAAAAAAAAUAUUUCAAGUAAAUUUUGGAAAAAGCUAAAGAAAAUUAGAAUUUGUGUUUAAAAAGAAAUUAAGUGUAAUUUUAAGAGGAAAGAAUUAUGAUAAUAAAAAAAUAAAAUAUAAUAAGCUUUAAAGUAAGGUAUUUGGUGUGCUACAAACAAAUUUUAGUUAUAAUUCUAAAAUAUACAUACAUACAUACAUACAUUUAUUAAUGCAGAAGAAUACCUAAAAACCAAUUUACCUACUUACAUAUUUUAUAAAAAGAAAAACUUGGAUUAUGUUGGAUCUCUUCACUUAAAACCUAAAUUUCCAUAACCUACCUAAAUGUUGGAGGCAGAAACUUAGAAUUAGAAUUGGGUCCCCUUUUUGCUUCUUUUUUGUACAAAAAGAAAAGGGAAAAACGAAUCGAACACAGAAAGAAAAAUAUCAGAAGCAUAAAUUUAUUACCUACCCCAUUCUACCUUGAAAUUAAGUCAAAAAAAUUUCUAUCAAUAAUAAAAGAAUUUUGAAACAACAUGCUAAAAGAAGAAUGUCAAUUUAAAAAGAUUAAAAAGAAAAACAAAAAAAUAUUGCACAAAUUUACAACAAAUGUCAUCCAUUAAUUGCUAAGUCUUAUUUUAUUACAAAAAAAAAAAACAGCAAAAAUAAACAAUAAAGAAUAAAUAAAUAAGCAUAAAAUUAAGCAAUUCAGCUAAAUAUUAAAAAAAAAGAAAAACUAGUUAAAUUCAAUUCUACCUACAUAUUUAAAUCUUUUAUCUACAAAAUAUUUUUUUAUAUGUAGGUAUGCAAACAUACAUACAUAAAAUAUACAAGAAUAUGAAAAUUAAAUCAUUAUGUACUUAGCCUACUAUUAAAGUUUCUACACCAUAUUAUUUCGGAUUUUCCAUAUUAUUUUGGAAACGUACAUAAAUCAAAAAAAUUAUGGAUUAAUAAUGAAGAAAAAAUAAUAAUAUUAUUGUAUAUACAUCAAGUUUAAGGGAAGAAAUCAAUUGAAUUCAUUGAACGGAAGCCGGAAAAUUUUUCAACAAUACUUCAAUUGAACUAUACAUAAAUUUACAACAGUAUAAGAAUAAUGAUUACACCAGAAAUGUUUAUUCAUACAAUAAUACAAAAUAUUUUCUAUAUGUACAGCAGUUAUAUAAAAAUUUAACUUUAUUAGUAAAAUUAAAAUUAAAUUUUUUUUUGUUUUGUUAAUAACAUUCAUCAUCUACAACCCACCCACAUUUAAACAACAAAUACAAUAGCAGCAAACAACUGCAAUUUUUUUUUUCUACUUUUAUUGAAAGUUAACUUAAAAGAAAAUGUAACUAUACACCUAUAUCUACAUUAUAUACAUACAUAUAGAUAUAAAAAUCAGAAUUAUAUUAACGGUGUAAAAAAUCUGAUUAAAAAAAUGUUCGCAUAUUAUUAAGGAAGCCAUACAAAAAAUAAGAAGAAAUAAAAAUUAAAAUAUUUAUGACUAAAACUACUUAUUUACUACUUAUUCGAGAAAAGUUAAAAAAAAAAAACAACAAAAAAUAUAAAAUAAAAAAUAUAAGUUAAAAAUUUCAUAUCUUUGUAAGAAAAGUAAAUUAAAUUUAAGUAUAAAAAGUGAAAUAUUAAAAAAAAGAAUAUAAAAUUAGAAGAAUUAAGAAUUAAGAGAAGAAGAAAUAAAUUAUUAAAGCAAAAAUAAUGGAUUGGAUAAUAAAUGAUGAACUUGGAUUAACAGUCCGUCAUUUGGUGGGAUGGGCGGCAGCAUCAGCAAUGGUUGUUGGCGGUGUUAUACCAUAUGUUCCACAAUAUAGAGAAAUUAAAAAAACUCAAGAUGCAGAAGGUUUCUCAUUAUAUGUAUGUUUAGCAUUGUUAAGUGCAAAUUCAUUAAGGAUAUUCUUUUGGUUUGCAAAACGUUUUGAGCUUCCUUUAUUAGUUCAAAGUGUUGUAAUGAAUAUUACAAUGUUUCUAAUGAUACAUUUAUGUGUUAAAGUUAAAAGAAAUAGUACUGUAAUAGCUCAUCAUAAGGAUGUUGCAUUUUCAGGUGAAGAUAACACUGAGCCUAGAGUACAACAAAUAAUUGAAGAUUCUGAAGGAGCUGGAUUAUCAUCAUCACCGGGUGCAUUAAAAAGAGUUCGUUCAAGGCAUUAUUUGAGUGAUUUCGAUCCAAAAUAUUUCUGGUCAUGGACUGAUUUUCAAUCAUAUCUCGAUUUUAUGUUGUUUUUUUGGGCGGUUGGCGCUGCAAUAACAUAUCUAAUGUUACCUUAUGACUGGUUUAUGGAAACAGUAGGGUUUUUAGCAGUUUUUACAGAGGCUAUGCUUGGUGCUCCUCAAUUUAUGAGAAAUUUUCGCAAUAAAUCAACAUAUGGUAUGAGCAUACACAUGGUUUUAAUGUGGACGCUAGGUGAUAUGUUUAAGACUGUUUAUUUUAUUGUAAGAAAUGCUCCAACUCAGUUUUGGGUUUGCGGUUCGUUACAAGUCAGUUUAGAUAUUGCAAUUUUAUUACAAGUAUGGAUUUAUCGAAAAAAUACGGAUAGACGAAAUUCACAUCGUGGAGAUUAGCAGUUUGCCCCCGAGGACCAACAACAGGCUAAUAAACAAUUAAUAUCAUCAACAACAUCAUUAAAUAAUCCAAAUGACGCAUUCGAUCAAGACGGAGAUCCAAAUCAACAUUUAAUUUGUAUUAAUACAAAACAUUCGCAUUAUAUGUU